AUGGAGCAAGUCGCGCAACAAUUCACAGAUUUCUACUACUCGACGUUCGACACCGAUCGUUCGCAACUUGGUUCUCUCUACCGUCCCCACUCUAUGCUCACCUUUGAGGGUGCCCAGACCCAAGGUGCACAGGCUAUUGUUGAGAAGCUUGUCAGCUUGCCUUUUCAAAAGGUGCAGCACAAGGUCGACACGCGCGAUGCGCAGCCGACGGGUGAUGGUAACAGCUUGGUGGUCCUCGUAACUGGCAUGCUCUUGGUCGAUGAUGGCCAAAACCCGCUCAAGUUCAGCCAGCUUUUCACGCUGGUCCCCGAGGGUGGCUCGUUUUACGUCUUUAAUGACAUCUUCCGUUUGAACUACGGAUAA